AUGGGACCCGAACCACGUCGCAUUGCCCAGAUUGUCCGUCUGAAGCGAGAGUCUCUGCAAGCUUACAAGGACUGUCACGCCGCUGUCUGGCCAGAAGUCCUCAAGCAGAUUAAGGACUGCAACAUCAUCGACUACUCAAUCUUCCUCGACGAAAGAACGAUGACAUUGUUCGCUUCGAUGAAGUACGUCGGCAAUCACUAUGAAGCAGACAUGGAGAAAAUGAAAGCGAAUCCGAAGGUACAGGAAUGGUGGCGAAUGACCGACGGAAUGCAAGAAACACUGGUUGAAGGUGCAAAAGGCAGCACAGAUCCCAAAGGAUGGUGGCAACCACUCGAGGAAGUGUUCAGAGUUGAAUAG